AUGAGGUUGGAUGGCAAGGCCUUUAUAGGCGUAUACCUGAUAGCUAGUGCCUCGGCUGCUGCUCAAAUUACGAAGAAUCUCUCAAAAAGUGCGCAGGACCUCUUCCAAUGGUCUAUGCAUGUCAAUGACAUACGCUGGGACAAUUCAUACAAGUACAUCUGGUACUCUGAUCAUGGCCCUUGGUCAACUCGAUUCACGGCCUGGUAUGCUGCCGGUCUGUUAUACCGAAAUCAGGGAGAUGAUUUGUCGAAUGCUAAAGCAGCAAUCGAAAACAUUCUCUCUUGCCAGAUGACCGAAAACUACGAGUCGGCCUGGUAUGGUACCUUCAAAGUUUCGCCCGAUGAACCGUACCCUACUCCUGAUUCCGAUCUGUAUCCCCCAGAAAUUUACACUUCCUACGACCCGAAUUGGAGGGAAUUUAUAGGGACCCAACUGGUGCAGAUUGUCGAAGAAUUCUCGGAGUUAAUUGGGUCAACCAUUGUAACUCAGAUUGAAGAUAGCCUGGAGCUUGCAGCUGUUGGCUCAAUGCGCCGCAAUGGCUCAUACCCAGAAGGAGACAAUUUGACACCGGGUUACUCGAAUCCAGCCCUUAUGCGCGCAUGGUAUAUUGCAUGGCUAGGCCACCGCCGUGACAAUGAUACCCUUAUCAGCUAUGCAGAUGAACAGGCAGAAACCAUAUUGAAGCUCUUCAAGUCAACUGGGUCAGAUGUGCUAUCCGAAUACAACGCACCUACCUACUAUGGAAUGGAUACAUGGGCACUCGCUGGUGCUAUUAAAUAUGGCCCACCAAGCUCCGCGAUAACCAAAAACUCCAAAGUCAUUUUGAAGGAACUUUGGUCAGAUAUUGCGGCCCAUUACAAUCCUUACCUUUCCGUUAUGGCAGGGCCCUAUGACAGAGCCUACACACGCGACAUGCUCACAAACUCAGCUGUGAUAGACUAUUUUUGGUGGGGGCUAUUUGGUUACGGCACAGGGCCUCAGCCUAAUAAGCUCGAAUCGGACCUUUUGUUCGACGUCUCACAAGGAGCAGCGUUGGCUUUGAUUAUGGACGUGGUUGCGGAACACAUCUCAGAAGAGGACAAUAAAUGGCUCAAAGCCAAAGGGUAUUGGAAUGGGGAACGCAUGAUCACCAAAAAGAUACCUGAUGCCCUGGGCGACGAUGCCGAAAUUCGAAUCGCCACUACAUGGAUGAGUGCAUCUCUCAUGAUAGGAGCCCAGCAGGUCAAUGAGACUGUCAAUCGUGGCGAUCAAUAUGUACCAGCUAUUGUCCAAUGGGCCGGUGAUAGGGACCACAAACCCCAUCCAUACAUGUCGUUUUUCUCGCUUUAUCCGACCGCGUCAACAAUCAACGCCGUGGCGGGACCCAACAGUCUUGAAGUCUCAUAUCCCAACAUCACACAAGACGGUACCGAUAUCUUUACCUUUGUGUUAGCGCAGCUCCCACCAAGCUGGACCUUGACAAAGAAGAAGGUCGUUCGUGGUCUCGAAGACCUGCCUUGUCUCGAUGUCAAUGUCACCGCCGAAGGCCUGGAAAAGCUACCGGUUAUCUACGGUGCAACAGUUCAAGAUAAUCGUGUGUAUAAUGUGUCCUUUGCCGUUCCAUCUGGAUUUGCUGGCACUCCCAAGGUAUCUUUCAAAUUUAAUUACACUUGUUAG